CAGAUGCUUUCUGUUGAACAUAAACUGUUGAUUAUAACCAAAUUGUUCUAGCAGCAAACAUGACGAUGAAAGUUGUAGCAGCGAUAGAUUUGGGCACGUCCAAUUCUUGCUGUGGCUACGUGCUAGAAACUUUCAAUCCACCAUAUGAACCCAUUUGCUGUUGCCCAGGGAUUGUCAGUGAUGUGUAUGAGAAAACGCCCACUGCCUUAUUGGUCAGGAGGGGAACCCUGGAAGCCGUCAGUUUCGGUGCAGAUGCGAUCACAGCUUGGCAGAAUGAUAACAAUAGUGGUGAGCCUCCGGAGUUUCAUAUAUUCAGACGCUUCAAAAUGGCCCUUUACACCGCAGAGCCUGGAGCUGAUACAGUGGUACAAGCUGAGGAUGGUUAUAGUAUGGAGGUGGGCAGCGUCAUCAGAAAAAGCUUGAAGCUGUUUAAAGAAUCACUUAUUGCUAAGGUCAACCGUGAAAAUGCAAACUACAUUACAGACGCGGAUGCACAGAUUAGAUGGUACGUCACAGUUCCGGCUAUUUGGCCUGAGACAGCCAGAGCAAAGAUGCAAACUUGGGCUCACGAGGCCGGAUUGCUUCGGGCUGAACUCACAUUAGAACCGGAAGCUGCAGCAAUAAGCAAUUUAAAACGAUCCAGUGUUGAGGAUCAAAUACGAAGGAAUGACCUGAGAAAGUUUAUGCUUGUGGAUGUUGGUGGCGGAACGGUCGAUAUCUCUGGUAUCCAAAUCCAGAAAAUGGAUCCUUUGCAAGUGUCCAAUUUGUAUGCACGAAGGGGCGCUGCCUACGGCGGAGAGCAGGUGGACGCAAAGUUUCGUCAAAUGCUCACGGAAGUGAUCAAGCAUGCAGGUUUCUCGCGGAUGACUCAGCAGGUAGCAUAUGAACUUUCUGCUGUUAUGGACCAUUUUGCGGCUUGUAAAGCAAGAUAUGGAAAUCAGAGAGUCGAUUUAAACCGGUUGUUGGAUGCACUCUACGAUGAGCGAUAUAAGAGUACGCAAUACGACAGAGAAGCCGAAAUCAGGUCUGGUCUUUCAAACUACAACAGGAGUCACUCCACAAAUCUAUUAUUUAGGUCCAACUUUUUACAUUUUAAUGACAACGAGAUGCAGCAUUUCUUCCAAGACACCGUCGAUGGAGUAUGCAGCGCAAUUCGUGCUGCACUAGAUGAACAUGACGUGAGCAUGAUCGUGGUCACCGGUGGUCUCUCCCGUUCUCGCUUUCUGGCUGCGGCAGUGAAAGAACAGUUCGAACCAGUCACCUCGAGGAAUCGUAGAAUGAGAGGCAUCAUAGAGUCGGGUCAACCAUCAAUUGAUAUUGCGCGAGGAUCCGUGAUAUUCGGUAUUGAUAAGAUACUGGGGAACGAGACUAUACAAUCGAGAAUUCUUUCAAGAGGAUACGGCGUUAUGUGCAUUGAUGGGUAUCGGCCCUUGGUCAAAAUGAGCGAUUCCGUGGGCGUGGGUGAGACAAGGGACAGUUAUGGACAACCAGCAACCCCAGAGCAAACGAGCUGCCUUAUACCCUUCUACACACAUGGUGCCGACCCAUACAAUAGGGAUGAGCAAAGACAGAUCGGCAAUUUAGAAUUAGCCAUCAGACCUGGGAUAGACACCGCAGUUGGAUAUCGGAUCUACUUUGGUGAUACAACGCUUCGAAUGGAAGCGAUGGGCAAUGGAUCGAACAAUCGAACCGAUAAAAACCCUAAAACACAACCUGUGAUUUCGCUACGCAGCAUGUGCCACGAGAUAAAAUAUUUGGAGUAUAUUAUUUAUCGUACCUGA